CUGCCGAUAUUCGCUGGAGAUCAGAACACCCGAGCGAACCUCUGCAUCAGCGAUGUCGCUGAGACCAGUCCUGUUGGCUUGUACCCUUCUGCUGGCGCUCGGUGUCGUCCGAGGCCAGGGCAGCUGGUUCGCUGCAGAUGACACGGACACCCUCUCAGAAAUCGACUACGAGGAGGAAACCGACCAGUUCAGGAACAAACGACAGAGCAUCUUUGAUGAAAAGGAGGAAUUGCGCAGAAACUGCCUGAGAAAAUCUCGGCAGGCGUGCUGUCCCCUGCUGAAGAAGGACGCCGUCAAGUUUGCUGCCUGUGUGAAGGACUACAGCUGGUCCAACAAGGACAAGGAUCGGCCUGGCUGCCCUAACUACCCCCGCUGUCCCGGCUUCACACGGGGAUGAAGCAGCAUGGGCGUGUGAAGGAUUAAAAAUAAACGCAACCUGCCACCUGGGCACCGUUAUCCCGAAUCGCCCGACGUUGUUUUGUUUGGGUGUUUUCUAUGAUUGGUAAGAUAAAACCACGAAGAGUCGAGGACAUAGCGAGACAUGAGUCAGGAUAUCUUGAAAUAAAGGCUUUGGAUUGAACAUGCGGGUGUCGCAACUUUUGCGGUGGGUGGUAAUGCGGCGCUCGACAUUACCAUCAGAAGUCGAUUCGGCUGAUGGUCCAAGUGACACGUAUUAGGUAGGUAACCCAGUUACGCCAGCAUGCAGUAAAAGUUAUACCUAACAUUGUUUACAUAACAUGGUAGUCCAUUGUUUGUUUGUUUUUAAGCACACUCCACCGUCCACAGCAAACCUUGCUGCUGGUAUGAUAAAGUACGUACCAUAGGCGGCGGAACGGGGGGGGGGGGGGCACUGUGCCACCCUUUGAUUGUGACAUUUUAACAUUAGCCUUAUGGGCGUUGCAUGGAAAGAAUGGGACCAAAAGUCGGCAGUGCCCCCCCCCCCCAAUUGAAGGUGUUCCACCGCUACUGGUACGUACUACUUACUACUUAGGACUAAAAAUGUUUACUGAAAGUAAACAUACCUACUCCUAAGAGAUGUCCUACUAAACUGCUCCUAAAAGAUGGUUUAACCAAAACCUAUUGCAAAAUGUCCUACACUGGGUAAAAUUAGAGAAAUAUUUCAAAAAUAUUAGGAAAAAUAUUUUUUUUUCAUUAAAUUACAUGAAAAAUAUUGUGCACAAUGUUACGUCGUACACUUAGUGACUUAGGUGUAAAGAUGGUACCCGACAGGUGUAGGAUGUUUAGCAAUAGCUUUUAUCACUCUUAUUUUAUCAAAUUAUCCUUCACAAUACCCAAGGCAUCGACAAAAUAUGGGAAACUGUGGCCUUACCUACGUAUCCAGUUCUAAACCCAAACAUAUUCGGAACUGUAUUAACCAUAACUCCAUGGAUUUCCGCUAUGCUAUACCGUAACUUUCGUUAUUUGAGGUUACCAUAUAACUUCGAUUUGAUGAACAGAAUGUGAUCUUCACGUAGAUACCUAUGCUCGGAGCUCUUUUGAAAUGCACUGUGUUUCUAAUUUUUGUGAUGCUUCUCACUUCUUCAUGUGGUGCCACCAUUGCACAGGAGCUCUUGCACGGCCUUUUUACCAGUCGUUGACUGUCACGUGGUCAAAUAAACCUUUAUGUAUGUA